AUGUUCAUCUCCAACCAUUCCAGCUUCAUAACUUUCACUCUGAUGGGUGUGCCUGGCUUAGAGUCACAGCACGUGUGGCUCUCUGUUCCCUUCUCCUCCGUGUUCUUGGUUAUCCUCAUUGGAAAUGGUGCUAUCCUCUUCCUGGUUGUCACAGAGCCCACACUCCACACACCAAUGCACCUGCUCCUGGCCCUACUGAUGAUAGCUGACCUCAUCUCCACUUUCGCUCUGCUGCCCAAGGUCCUGUGCCUCUUCUGGUUUGAUGAUGGAGACAUAGCUUCCCAGGCCUGUUUUACCCAAAUGUUUUUCAUCCAUGGAGCAUCUGUGGUACGAUCAGCACUACUUGUUGCAAUGGCCUUUGACCGCUUUUUGGCUGUGUGUGAGCCAUUACGAUACAACACAAUUCUGAGCCAUUCCCUGGUUGGACGCCUGGGACUGAUGGCUCUAGCUAAGGGUGUGAUUCUUAUCCUGCCUAUGCCUCUUCUACUUCAGAGGUUGACUUUCUGCCACGUAGUUAUUCCUCACACAUACUGUGACCACAUGGCUGUGGUAAAAAUGGCCUGUAGCAAUACAAAGCCCAACCGUAUUUAUGGGCUCUUCGUGGUCUUGCUUGUGGUGGGACUUGACCUGCUGCUGAUUGGCCUCUCAUAUGCCCUCAUCCUUAAGGCUGUGAUCCGCCUCAACUCUAGAGAUGCCACCUUCAAAGCCCUCAGUACCUGCUCAGCCCACCUCUUUGUCAUCCUCAUCACUUACUCGCCUGCACUGUUUUCUUCCAUCACCCACCGCAUUGGCUGCAAUAUUGCACCUCAUGCCCACAUUCUGCUUGCCAACCUCUACCUCCUAAUACCUUCAAUGUUCAACCCCAUCAUCUAUGGUAUAAAGAUGAAGGAGAUACGGGACAAGGUGACAAAAUGUCUUCAGAGGAACUUCCUAGUCCUUCAACUAAAGGAACGAUGA